UCUUCCUCACAUCUUCACGCCGCUUGUCUCCAAGUUGUCUUGGACUCGUCGACGAUGCACACAUAUACACAUAUCUAUAUAUAUUAUUUCUUCAUAGCCGAACUAGAAAACUCCAGAGAGAGAUAUUCAUUGUCAAACAAAAUUAAAAAAACUGAAAACUUGUUUCUCAAUUCUCUCGUCUGAUCCUUUUUCUUACAAUAUGUCGAUAUAAAUAAUACACAUCCUCUCGCCUGCUGAGUAAGCCAAUUCAAUCCAAAAGCUUUCGUCUUUCCUCAGCCCCGUCCUCUGUUCAUAUUAAAAGGCUGAGUUUGUGUCUUUCUUGGAAGCUAUAGAAAAAGCCUCUAUGGGAGAAGCGCCAGCUUUCUUUGUUGAUCAUCUAGAGAAUGGACAACAACACACUAAUGGCUUUGGUGUUAAAACCGAACCUGAACACAGAGAUACAUCUGUCCAAAUUGGAGAUCGAUCCUAUGUGAUUGGUGGGAAUCAUGAAGGGAACCCAUUGUUCCUUGGAGUUCAGAUUCAUGACAAAAACACUAACAAGUGGUCUACUCCUACUGUUCUUGGAACAGGACCUAAACCCUGCAAGGCUUACUCUGCCAUUGUUCUUAAACAAGGCCGGAUCUUGGUUAUUAAGAAAGGCUCAGCAUCUGAUGACUCUAUAUGGUUCCUCGAGGUUGAUAGUCCUUUUGUCCGGGAACAAAGGAAACUCUUGGGAAAAGAAGUUGUUGCUUGGAGUAAAGGAGUGAGAGGCAAUGCAGAGAAGCCUAUUGUCAUUAGCGGUCCAUCUGGAGUUGGUAAAGGAACGUUGAUAGCUAUGCUUAUGAAGGAGUUCCCUUCAAUGUUUGGGUUCUCUGUGAGCCACACAACUCGUUCUCCGAGGUGUAUGGAGGAGAACGGUGUUCAUUACCAUUUCACUGAUAAAACUGUGAUGGAGAAAGAGAUUAAUGACGGGAAGUUUCUUGAGUAUGCUUCUGUUCAUGGUAAUCUUUAUGGAACCAGCAUUGAGUCUGUUGAGGUUGUAACAGAUUCAGGAAAGAGAUGCAUACUUGACAUUGAUGUUCAGGGAGCGAGGUCUGUGAAGGCUAGUUCUCUUGAUGCGGUAUUCAUAUUCGUAUGUCCUCCUUCAAUGAAGGAGCUUGAAGAUCGGCUCCGUGCUCGAGGAACCGAGACAGAGGAGCAGAUUCAAAAGAGGCUUAGAAACGCUGAAGCAGAGAUCAAAGCUGGGGAAUCCUCAGGCAUUUUUGAACAUAUACUGUAUAAUGACAACCUCGAGGAAUGCUACAAGAACCUUAAGAAUGUUUUAAGGAUAAUCGAUGAUGCUCCUGUGAAUGGUGUACAAGUAGAAGGGAUCAAUCUUCCCAAGGAGCACACAGUAACAAAGAAUGGAGACAAAAUUUUGAUUCAAGAAACAGGAGAAGCAACCAAGAACAACAUGAUCGUGUUGGAUUUAUCUUCGAUUAACGGGGGAGCACCGGGAAGAACAAGAGGGAUCGUUCUCGACACGGUGAAGUCCAGUUAACAAAGAAUCCGCUGAAAGCUAAACAUUUAGAUGAUGAUGAUGAUGAUGAUGAUGAUAAUGAUGAACAUUGCUCGUUGUUUUUGUUUCUUAUUACUGAAAGACUGAGCCUUAUGAUUGGCGGUUGAAAGGUUCGCUAGAUAGGCACUGAUGAUGAUGAUUAUUAUGGUUAUGUAUGAAUUUAUGAUUAUGAUAUUCAAGAGAAGACAUGAUGAAAUCAGAUAUUUUGUUCCUUUUAGUGAUCUAAAAUCUU